UAAUUGUAUCAACAGAUUAUGACACAUAAUGUAAAAAAAAAAAAAAAAAAAGCAGUAACUGCAGAAAUCUAAAUUCAGUUGGAGUCCAGAUUUUGACUGACGGAUUGAGUUUGACAGUAUACUUUUUUUUUUACUUUUCACUUUUGUGUUUGAAUAGACUUAAUAUUCUGUACAUUUUGCCUUUUAUUUCGGUAGAAGAGUUGAAUCAGUAUUUUACGUCUGCCACAUCGUAUGCACACGUCGUAAUUGUGCUUGCAGUGAGAGUGUGCCAACAUCUGCCUUGCCGACGACGUCCUCCGUAAAUAUUUUAUUUUGAAAAUAUAAAGCGGAAAAUUUGAUUGAGUGCGUUUGUGCCUAUCCUGGCUAAAAGAAGGUGGUCCUGCCCGACAAACACCGACUUGAAAAACAUCCGACGAGGAAAGUUUGCAAAGUCUAAUGAUAACUUUAAACUUGACAACGUAUACGAAGGACACUGUCAAACGCGGAUUUCAGUCAGACCGUCGUUCUCACAGUGUUGAGAAGUUUUGACGCUUUCAUCUUGAGGAUAGAAUUUUAAAAAAUCCCAAGUUGAAAAUGGAGAGGCCAGCUGAGUGAUAGUGGGGUGAGGAGGCUGGAUUUGGCAAAUUUGGGAGUCCUGCCCUGCUGCUAGCAUGCUAGUUAGCCUGCUCAACUUCGCCAUCGCUAUUCAGCACGAUUAAGGUUUGCCUUUGAAGAUGCUGAUGUUGACCUUGCAGCCUCUUCCGAUGGAGUAAAGUAAUGCAUACUUUCAGUGGGAACUCUUACCGAAGUUUGCACUUGCCCAAAAGGCAACUCCUCUCAAGUUUAAUUUUGGAUCCCUGCAGGGCUUUGAUCCCUCCUAUUGUCAGUGGAUUUUGUGUCCCAAGCUUCCCUGCUAACCCAUGCAAUUUGAUCUGACGUGCUCAAACUAUUCGGUUGUCUGAUGUGGACGUCAGAUAUAAUCUUUGGAGACAAUGACUGGGUGCACGUAUUUCAACAAAAGUGGUCGAUUGUGACAUGAAGUGAUAACAUAUUACUUGGAGGGAGGAGACCACCAUGUUUGUGAUAUUGCGGUAAUGAAAUUGUGGACGUUUUGCAUUAGUGGAUGGAUCUGAUGCAUUCAAGAUCAAAUCAGACUGCUGAUGCCAGCUGAUUGGGACUCCAACUCGAUUCAUGAGCCCUCUGUCUGAGUCAGGAAGCAGCUUGGACGACGCUGAGUCGGCUGAUGCUGUGAUGAAGCAGGGCUCUUGGUGGCCUGCGUGGCUGGCUGGGCUGAGUCCCCGAGUUAUGUGAUGGGGUGCAGGAACAGUAAGGUCCUCCCUGAGCCUCCAGGGGAUGUUCAGUUGGACCUGGUCAAAAAGGUGGAUCCACCCUGUCAAACAGACAUCUAUAAGCACUUCAUUCGAGGAGAUGGUACGGCCAGCAAGAUUGGCGAGGCUGGUGGCGGGGUAGGCGACAAGGCAGGCUCCACCCUCCCAUCUCUUUCUCAGGCACAGGCUUCCACUCCUGUCGCUUCCACCCAAACUCCUAAAAACCCAUCUGAGGUGUCAGACCCUCAACGGAAAAAGGUGGCUAAAUAUCGAGCCAAGUUUGACCCACGAGUCACAGCCAAGUACGACAUCAAAGCUUUAAUAGGUCGAGGGAGUUUUAGCCGGGUUGUCCGUGUGGAGCACAAGAGCACUCGGCAGCCAUACGCCAUAAAGAUGAUUGAGACCCGGUACAGGGAAGGAAGGGAGGUCUGCGAGUCCGAACUGUGCGUUCUUCGAAGGGUUCGCCACACCAAUAUAAUCCAGCUCAUGGAGGUCUUUGAGACGGCCGAGCGCGUUUACAUGGUGAUGGAGCUGGCCACCGGAGGAGAACUGUUCGACCGCAUCAUUGCUCGCGGCUCCUUUACGGAGCGAGACGCCACCCGCGUGCUGCAGAUGGUGCUGGACGGUGUCAAAUAUCUCCACACUUUGGGGAUCACGCACCGAGACCUGAAACCCGAAAACCUGCUGUACUACCACCCCGGCGCCGACUCGAAGAUCAUCAUCACCGACUUCGGUUUGGCCAACAGCAGGAAGAAGGGAGACGAGUGUUUGAUGAAGACCACCUGCGGCACACCUGAGUACAUUGCCCCUGAGAUCCUGGUGAGGAAGCCCUACACGAAUGCCGUCGACAUGUGGGCGUUGGGUGUGAUCUCAUACAUCCUGCUGAGUGGAACCAUGCCCUUUGAAGAUGACAACCGUAUGAGGCUAUACCGGCAAAUCCUCAAGGGGAAGUACAGCUUCUCUGGAGAGCCGUGGCCCAGUGUGUCAAACCUUGCCAAAGACUUUGUAGAGCGGAUCCUGACGGUGGAUCCUAGCGCGCGACUGAGUGCCGGCCAGGCUCUCAAGCACCCCUGGAUCGUCAGCAUGGCUGCUGCCUCCUCCAUGAAGAACCUCCAACGCUGUAUAUCUCAGAACCUGCUGAAGCGGGCGUCAUCUCGUUGCCACAGCACCAAGUCGGCCCAGUCCACACGCUCCAGUCGCUCGACCAAAUCCAACAAAGCUCGCCGCGUUCGGGAAAAGGAGCUGCGUGAGUUGAACAGACGCUAUCAGCAGCAAUACAAUGGCUGAGGCCAAACUUACUGGGGAGACUGACAAAGCCAAAUACUGUUGGUAUUCCUGCCCCCUGAACGAAACUCGGAGAACAAACUGAUGGUUCAAAAACCUUGUCAACCAGUAAACUUUGAGAAAGUACCUGCUGCCAGCAAGACUGUAGAAUAAAUCAAAAAUGAGAAACCCUGAACUCGGAAGGACAAACUUAGCAUAGCAUUUUGUUCUCUGAUGUUUUACUACAUCCUUGUCAUCUCUCAGACCAUCUGUCCAUCUUUAUCUUGAACAGGAUGCCGCACUCCUUUUCUUUUGUUCUGUCAUUUCGUGUCUUGACGUAUUUAUUUAUUAAUGUGGAUAGUCUUCAUUCAGUUGGUCACUGCAAUAAAUGACCUUCCAUGAGGAUCUGUUGAACAGAGAUCUGGGUAAUGAAGUUACUUAAGAGGAUGGUCAACAUGCCCUCAAGCCCUCAUGAUUGAUGACAAUUGCUGUGAAUUUAUGUGCUAUUCGUCUUGGAGAGUGGCCAUUGGAGACUUGCAGAAACAUCAGCGCAGCAUCCAAAGGCUAAAAUGAAGACGUCUUUCUUCUAAGCUUAUCUCAUCUUGCCAUAAUUGCUCUGUUUAGUACUAGUAUUUUUAACUCUCCAAAAGAUUGUGAAUCUGUGAUUUUUUUUUCUUUUUUUCUCCAUUCUGGCUGAAUCCACACAGCGCUGGUCAGUGCCUUACAUCGAACAGUAGAUUCACAGUUUAAAUUUGCGCUCCUUUCUUUUUUUAAUAGCUUUCAGUUCUCAAGGUUAUGUGGCCAUUUAACUUAUUUUGUUGUCCUUUUAUUAGUCACAGCAUUGCUGCGAAAAAAAAAAACAUGCAAGUUGCACCUGUCAUUAAAUUCAGACCAAAACCAAGAAACCCGCUUUUUUU